AUGACGGCCACCCAAAAACAGCAGACGUUAUCUCGGUUUUUUGGCUCUCAGGGCGAGCGUUCCAUGCCCAAAAAGCGAUCGCGUAGUCCGUCGCCAACGUCAUCAAAAAAGGCCCUCAAAAGCGACGACACAAAGGAGAGCACGCCAGAGGAUUCCGUUGCAGAUGUCGCUGAAAACGCCAAGGAGCGGCUGACCGACGCCACAGAGCUCCUCAAGAUGGAACCCGAGGUCAAGGUCCCUGACCUGGCCGUCGGGAAACCCAUCCCAUAUAGCAAAUUGUGCGAGGUGUUUGAGGCUUUAGAAAAAGAGUCCGGAAGACUCAAGUGCAUCGAGAUCGCCUCUGAGAUGUUUUCUCAUGUGCUGGACGUUUCCGAAACCCAGGAAGACCAGAUACGGAACCUCGUUGAGGUCAAUUACCUGACCAUCAAUAGAGUUUGCCCAGAUUACGAGGGUCUUGAGCUGGGACUAGGCGAGACUCUGCUUAUGAAAGCACUGGCCACAGGAACAGGCCGUUCGAUGCAGCAGCUGAAAAAAGAUCUCGGCGAGUACGGCGACAUCGGACUAGUUGCUCAAAAGUCGAGAUCGAAGCAAAGCUUGAUGUUCAAGCCGCAACCGUUGACAGUGUCUCAGGUAUUUAAUAAUCUCAAGCAAAUUGCAAGCAUGUCGGGGGCCUCUUCGCAAAACAAAAAAAUCGCCAUGAUCAACAAGAUGUUGACGUCCUGCGACUCGCGCGAGGCCAAGUUCCUAAUGAGAUCGCUGGAAGGCACGUUGCGCAUCCAGUUUGCCGAAAAGUCGGUGGUGGUUGCAUUGGCCAAGGCUCUGGUGGAGCACGAGAUGAAGCAGCGAGGUGAAAAAGUGACUCCUGCGGUUUUAAGUGAAGCUGAGGAGCAGAUGAAAGAGGCGUUUUCGCAGACUCCCAAUUACGAGCUGAUCAUCGAGAGCGCGAUAAAAUACGGAACUCUCAACCUCAUGGAGCAUUGCACGCUCAAGCCGGGCAUUCCGCUCAAGCCGAUGCUUGCGAAACCAACCAAGUCCAUCACGGAGAUCCUCAACCAGUUUGAGAACCAGGAGUUCACCUGCGAGUACAAAUACGACGGUGAAAGAGCACAGGUGCACUUGCUACCCGACGGAACGCUACGGGUUUACUCCAGGAGCUCUGAGAACAUGACCCAAAGAUAUCCAGACCUAAUUCCGGUCAUUGAGGAGCUUCAGAGGCUUAAUCCAGAGGUGCGAUCGUUUAUUUUGGACUGCGAGUGUGUGGCAUGGGACAAGAAGCAGGAAAAGAUCCUCCCGUUCCAGAUCCUGUCCACCCGAAAGCGCAAGGACGUGAGGGAAGAAGACAUAACGGUGCAGGUGUGUUUGUUUGCCUUUGACAUCCUGCUAUACAACGGCGAGUCUUUGAUCCAGAAGUCCCUGAAAGAGCGCAGACGGUACAUGUACGGCAACCUGAAGAUUAUUCCUGGCAAGUUCCGUUUCUCUGAGAAACUCGACUCCUCCGACCUUGAUGUCAUCACGAAGUUUCUUGACCAGUCGGUCAGGGACUACUGCGAAGGGCUGAUGAUUAAAACGCUCAAUGGCACAAACAGCUUAUACGAGCCAUCCAAAAGAUCGAGGAACUGGCUCAAGCUGAAAAAAGAUUAUUUGGAGGGAGUUGGAGACUCUCUGGACCUGGUUGUCAUUGGCGCAUAUGUUGGCAAGGGGAAGCGCACUGGAGGGUACGGCGGGUUUUUGCUGGCAAGCUACAACCCAGAUAGCGGCGAGUUUGAGGCGAUUUGCAAGAUUGGCACUGGCUUUAGCGAUGAGAUUCUUGCUUCGCUAUUUGAACGACUAAAACCGACACAGUUGGACAACCCUAAAGCGUCGUUUGUGUACGACAAGACGAAUCCGCGAGCAGCGCCAGAUAUCUGGUUUGAGCCAACAACGCUGUUUGAGGUGAAAGUGGCGGACUUUACAGAGAGUCCUCUGUACAAGUGCGGCUACAGUUUCUUGGGCGACGGGUCCAAGGGAGUGUCGUUGAGGUUUCCACGGUUUGUGCGGAUCAGAGAUGAUAAGAGUGUCGAGGACGCGACGACAAGCGAGCAGAUAGUGGAGAUGUACGAGAGACAGGCACAUCUUAGCUGA